GACUAUGUCUGUUUUCACAGUUACAGUUGUAGACUUUAAUGCUAAUCGUUAACCAAAGGCUACUAUAAAAAUGAGCAGAUCUUAGCGUGUAGACCUACAGAAGCAGUUUGAUCAUUACAGAAGAAACAGGUGACUUCCCAGGAUGCCUCUGCGUUGUCGUGCCAGCCACAUGUUUCUGCUCUUAUGUGCUCUUUCCUUGUGUGUUGAGUCUGUGAGAGGCGGCACCAGCUUCCUCAGUCCUGCUCAGAAACCACAGGGUCGAAGGCCACCACGGGUAGGCCGAAGAGAUGUUGCUGAGCCAGAGAUCCCAGUGAUGAAAGACGAUGACCAAUUUGUGAUGAGCGCUCCGUUCGAACUGUCUGUGUCUCUGAGCGAAGCCGAGUUUGAGAAAUACGGUCCUGUGCUGCAGAAGGUUCUGGUCAAUCUUCUUAGUGAUUCCCCACUUGAAUUCUGACAAGAGCUAACAGUUCUACAAGACACAACUGCUUAUAAACCAUUAAAAAUAUUAUUGUAAAAGUAGAAAUUAUGUUGUAAUUUUCCAACACGAUUUAAAUUAAAGACCAAAAAAAGG